CCCGCCAUUGGGAAUGCCUCUUGUUUGUUCCAACCUCUCAACCACAGUCAACUUGCUUGGUUGAUUGACGAAGGGAUACCUUCUGUCACUCAGACUUGGCUUCUGCCUUGGCCUGGAUACACUUCCCUGCUCACAAUCAACCUUUACAAUCAACCUCCGUGCACACACCGAGAAAACACCGUGCUGUCGAUAGGCUCGCAACUGUCAACCUGCGUGAGGAUUCGUCUCGUGUGUCGACACGCUGACUUCCAAAAUGUCGACUUCCUUGCCUCCUCUAGACCCCAUUACCAACGGGGCGGGGGAUCGCGGUAAGAAGGUCGCCUACUUUUACGACUCGGACGUGGGUAACUAUGCCUAUGUGUCGGGACACCCUAUGAAGCCCCAUCGUAUAAGGAUGGCGCACAGCUUGGUGAUGAACUAUGGUCUCUACAAGAAGAUGGAAAUCUACCGUGCGAAACCGGCCUCCAAGUACGAAAUGACCCAAUUCCACACCGAUGAAUACAUCGAUUUCCUUUCCAAAGUGACUCCGGACAACAUGGACUCGUUUGCCAAGGAACAAAGCAAGUAUAACGUGGGUGAUGAUUGUCCUGUCUUCGAUGGGCUCUUUGAGUUCUGUGGUAUCAGUGCAGGAGGUAGUAUGGAGGGUGCGGCACGGUUGAACCGGAACAAAUGCGACAUCGCAGUCAACUGGGCUGGUGGUCUUCACCACGCCAAAAAGAGCGAAGCUAGUGGAUUCUGCUACGUCAAUGAUAUUGUUCUCGGUAUCUUGGAGCUGCUGCGGUUCAAGCAGCGCGUUCUUUACGUUGAUAUCGAUGUUCACCACGGCGACGGUGUUGAAGAAGCGUUCUAUACUACCGAUCGUGUCAUGACGGUCUCCUUCCACAAAUAUGGUGAAUAUUUCCCGGGAACUGGUGAACUCCGCGAUAUUGGCGUGGGCCAGGGCAAGCACUACGCUGUCAACUUCCCACUUCGCGAUGGUAUCGAUGAUACUUCUUACAAGAGCAUUUUCGAGCCUGUUAUCAAGAGCGUGAUGGAGUGGUACCGGCCUGAAGCUGUGGUCAUGCAGUGCGGUGGUGACAGUCUCUCUGGUGAUCGUUUGGGCUGCUUCAACCUCAGUAUGCGCGGUCAUGCCAACUGCGUAAAUUUCGUCAAGAGCUUUAACCUGCCAACUCUUAUUCUUGGAGGUGGUGGUUACACUAUGCGUAACGUUGCUCGAACCUGGGCGUUCGAGACCGGUGUCCUUGUUGGUGACAAUUUGGCGUCGGAACUUCCCUACAACGACUACUACGAGUAUUUUGCUCCGGACUACGAAUUGGAUGUGCGCCCCUCUAAUAUGGACAACGCCAACACCAAAGAAUAUCUCGACAAGAUCCGAACGCAAGUCGUUGAAAACCUUAAGCGUACUGCUUUCGCGCCAUCCGUGCAAAUGACUGAUGUACCCCGGGAAUCCCUUGUAGACGGUAUGGACGAUGAAGCGGAUGCGAUUCUCGACGAUCUCGACGAGGAUGAGAACAAGGACAAGCGAUACACGAAGCGACGCUUUGAUCAGUACAUCGAAAAACCCGGCGAGCUGAGCGACAGUGAAGAUGAAGACGAGAAUGCGGCCAACGGCGUGCAUCGCAAGCCGCAAUCGCUGAAGCGAAGGAACCAGAUUAACUACCGGAAUCUGGAUGUUGCUGACUCGGGGCCGGAGAGCGGCAUGGCUACGCCCGUUGACGCUUCUUCGAUCCCAGAUGACGACAUGGAUAUCGCCGCUGAUACGAAAAUGACGGAAGCUCCGGAGCCAGAGACUGAGGCGCAGGCUUCGCCUUCGGUUGGUGACCUCCCGCCCAGGACCGAGGCAGUAUCCGGUGCGAAUGCUAGGGAACUGGCACUCGACGGACCAGGCGACCAAGCUGCUCCCUCGGCUCCCCUCUCCCUCCAACCAUCUCCGAAACCUCACGAUGAAGACACGGCGAUGGAAGAUGCGGGAGAUGAGGCGCCGGGAACGGAGCAGGCCGAGAGCGCACCAGCUGCCGGCGAAGCAGAGAACAAGGGCCAUGAAACGAAGCCCAGCGAAGAGACCCCCGCAAGUGCUGUACCUGAAGGUUCUUCGGCGCCUGCCAAGAGCCAUUCACCGUCGACAGAAACUAACCAGCAGCCCGAGACCUCCGAGGUCGAAAACGCUAAGCCAGCAGCCGCAUCCACCGAAGCCAGCGCAUCGAAGGAAAAGAGCCCCGAGACUUUGAAGGAUGACUCGACAGCCGCCAAGGCCGAGUUUGAGUCCAAUGGCGGAGCCAAGGAGGCCACGAAGGAAACGCAGCCUGCCGAGCCUACGAAGAGCGAGGACUAAGGGCUCCUGUAACCUCGGGAUUGCUGGCGUAAGGGACGGGCAGUAAUGGUGUUUCUGGUUGCGAUAUUCUGCAUGAAAAUUAGGUCCAACAUAUAUCUCUGUUCUGAUUCACUAUUGCUUUUAUUUUCUUAGAUGUAUGUACUAGGCGAAUGCAUG